AUGUCCGCUCCCACGUCGGGCUUGAAUCCGACGGCGAGUUCAUGGGCACCCCAGGCAUCCAGCCCAGGUGCUUCAACGGCAAGCCCAGUCGCGCAAGGUACAACACAGGGUGUCAGCCACCAAUUGCCGUCGCAGCCUCCGCAGGUCUCACAGCAAGACGGCGUAGAGUCACGUCAAGGUGCCGCCCGUGGACGGAGACAGCGUCCUCCAAAUGACGCUGGACGGGGACGUGGCAGUCGGCCGCCCAUCCAACAGAACCGGCCCGUAGUCCAGCAGCGUCCUCCUGCUCUGACUCAACAGCCGAUCCAACAGCAGGCCCAGCAGGAGGCCCAGCAAGAGUCCCAACUGCCCGAGCGGGGACGGGGAGGUCGCGGUGGACGGGGAGGAGCAGCCCGUGGUGGGCGUGGUGGACGGGGCAGAGGCUCGUUGAUAGCACCGCCGCGCAUGUUUGGUGACCAGCUAUCUGGACCACAGGCUCCAGCAAACGGACACGAGACGCCACAGGCACAACCACACCUGUCGCGCCGCGCUCUGGCACGUGCUGCACGUGCGGCUGAUCAGGCAGCACGUCCGCCCGACCUGGAAACAGAGGGCUCCGCCGCCGGCUCGGUCUCGAGCUACGGAGCUCCCAGGGUGCCGCCGUCGACCGCGCCUGACCUGCCCACACGCAUGCACGAGGACAUUGACUCGGGCAACUACGACUGCCCAAUCUGCCUCAACGCCGUGACGCGCGGCUCCAAGAUCUGGGCAUGCUCCAUGUGCUACCACGUGGCGCACUACACGUGCGUGUCGGCGUGGGUAAAGCAGGCGCUGAACCAGGGCCUUGCCCUCGAGAAGAUCCGCUGCCCGGCAUGCAAUACCGAGGCAGCGGCGGCGGCCGUUGACAUUACAGUCCCACGCGGAAAUGACAACGGCAGCGGGACCGGCGGUUUCUUUGGCCGCAAGCUGUGCUGGUGCGGCAAGCAGAAGACGGCCGGCGUGGCACCUGCCGCUCUGGCCCCGCACUCGUGCGGCCGAAUCUGUGGCCGCGCGCGUGCCGACUGCCACCACACGUGCCCGAGCCCCUGCCAUGCCGGCCCCUGCCCUCCCUGCCCUGAGAUGGGUCCGCUCGUGACGUGCUUCUGCGGCAAGGAAACAUCGACCAAGCCGUGUGCCGCAGGUGUCCAGCGGUCAUGGACCUGUGGUGCGAUCUGCGACAACACCCUCGCCUGCCGCAUGCACAAGUGUCAGAGGACCUGUCAUCCGGACGACUGCGGUGCGUGCACGGUGCCCCUGGCGUCCACCUGUUUCUGUGGCAAGACACGACAGGACAUCCCCUGCAAGGCCCGCGAGCCCGCACAGUCGUCGGCCAACUACGGCCAGCUGGUGUACGGCGGCACGAGCAUGUCUUCGUUUGAAGGCACCUUCCGCUGCGACACUGUCUGCGGCCGCGCGUUUGACUGUGGCAAGCACUUUUGCAAGAAGCCGUGCCAUGCCCAGGACGCGACGCCGACACACUGCCCGGCCUCGCCCGAAGUCAUCACGCACUGCCUCUGCGGAAAGACGCUGCUUGGCUCGGCUGGUGGGGAUGAUGCCAGUCCGGCCCGCACGUCGUGUGAAGACCCGAUUCCGGCCUGCGACAAGGUCUGUGGCAAGGCCCUGGACUGUGGCCACAGCUGUCCUGCGACCUGCCAUGCGGGCGCCUGUCCCCCUUGUGCAAUGGUUGUCAAUGCGUCCUGCGCAUGUGGCCAGAUGUCGUCGCCCGUCGUCUGCAGCGACCGCGCCGCGCGCGACGACGUGCAGUGCGAGACCGUCUGCCGCUCCUGGCUCAGCUGUCGGCAGCACCGCUGCAAUAUUGUCUGCUGUCCGGGUAAGCCCAAGGCCGCGGCGCGCAUGAAACAGCCCAAAGGGCGCAAUGCUGCUCGGGGCUCCGCGGCACAAGACGAAAUCGAGGCUGAGCAUACCUGUCUGCGCCCGUGCGGCCGACUCCUCAAGUGCGGCCAGCACACCUGCCCACAGGUCUGCCACAAGGGCGCCUGCCACUCGUGUGUCGCAUAUGUUCUAGAGGAUAUGAGCUGUCCCUGCGGCCAGACAGUCGUGUCGGCGCCCUACUUGUGUGGCACUGUGCUGCCAGCCUGCGACGCGGACUGCCCGCGACCACUGCCUUGUGGCCAUCCCUCGAUUCCUCACCGCUGCCACGACAGCCAACAGCAGCCUUGUCCGCGCUGCCAGCGUCUCGUUUCCAAGUCGUGCCUCUGCGGCAAGCUGGUCCUCAACCGCGUGGCCUGUGGCGCCGAUAACAUCCAAUGUAGCAACAUAUGUGGCAAAACACUCAAGUGUGGCGUGCAUGCCUGUAGGCUACCGUGCCAUGCCAAAGGCAAAUGCGAAGACACGACCGAGGUGGACGGAGACAGCGCUGUCUGCAGCCAAGUCUGUGGCCGGCCCAAGGCCACCUGUGGCCAUCCGUGCGCCAAUCCAUGCCACGGCGCAGACGACGUCUGCAGCGAAGUCGAACCCUGCGGCGCCGCCGUCGAGGUCACCUGCCCCUGCCAGCGCCAGACGCGCAAAGUGCGCUGCAACGUGUGCACUGCAGACCCGACGCCGACCCACCGCCGCCCCGAGUGUGACGACGAGUGUCUGCGUAUCCAACGGAAUGCCCAGCUCAAGGACGCCUUGCGCAUAUCCGACGACUACAAGGACGAGCACCUGGUAUACUCGACUGCCCUGAUGGAGUACUUUAUGGCGAACCGCGACUUUGCGACCGCCCAAGAGGACAAGAUUCGCGCGUUUUUUACCUCGACGCCGUCGACGCCUGCAGAGCCAUCCGGAUCCGUGGCAGUGAGUGGUGCCGACAAGGCGUGCAUCUUCAAGCCCAUGAAACGACAUGAGCGCCAGUUUUUACACAUGUUGGCCGAAAGCUUCAAUCUGCGCAGCGAGAGCCGUGACGUGGAGCCGCACCGCUACGUGUUCUUGACCCGCCCUCGCACUGGGACGCCGGCCGUGCCAGACAUCUCGCUGGCCGAGAGCGAGGAGAUCUACCUGCACCUUCGUGACAAGGCCGAGGCCGAGGAAGCGGAGCGUGAGGCUGAAGUGGCCUUGGCAGCGUCUCUCAAAGCCAAGGAGGCGGCACAGGAAGCGGCCCUAGACGACGCGUUCCGCCCCGCCGAGCGCAGGCGGCCCUACAACGCCAUCUUUGUGCCCGCUGCCUUGGCUGCGGCAGUGACGGCCGAGAACAGCGACAAAAGCAGCAACAUCAACAACGCCGACACCGCCACCAUCCUCGACAACGACGCCUUUCAGACAAUUGUCGAAGCCUGGCACGAGCAGCAGCAGCAAGAGAGACGGUGGGCGCCCUCGUCUGGUCUCGGCUCUUCGACGUCGCCCAUGGUCGCGGCUGCGCUCCACCAGCAUACCGUCCAGCCCAGCGGUGAUGUCAUCCUGCGCGUGCUCAUCCCGGCGGCGGCACCGGCCGUCGUGCAGCAGCUGCUCCUCUUUUUGCUCUCGUACAUGAACGCCUGGUGGUCGCCCGAUACCGGCAGCAGCAAGGAGAACCGGCCCGCCCUGUGCCAUGUCGACGCCCAGUACAACAUUCUUCGUCGAGGGACGAAGCAGACAGCAGCUGGCAGCAACAACGCCAACACCAUCUGGGACGACGACGACGACAACGACGACGAUAACAACGACGACCAGUGGAACAUUGUCGCAGGGACCUCGUCCGCUAGUCGGCAGGCCGCCACGCCUGUGAACAAUAGCGCCUCCGACACCUCCGGCCCAGAGCGGCUCCCGUCGGCCAAGCGGGUAGUGUUCAAGCUGCGCCAGAAGCAAAAGACGGCGAGUAUGAUGACGACCGCGGCUGCGCAGGCAGAGCGCAAGCGGUGGUUGGCCAUCCUGGCGCAACAAGCAACGGACGAGGAGAAGGCGGGCGAAACGGACAAGACGGACAAGACGGCCGCGGGUGAGGAACAGGAAACCGACGACGAGACGCAAAAGGUCGUGUUGCCGCACGGUGACGAAACGAAAGAGCGCGAGGAAACGGAGGAGCUGCGCACCGCACUCGAGCGUGCCCUUUUGGCGGAUGAAUCAACGUCUUCCUCAUAA